CCCAGCGCGCGUCCGCCAGCCCAGGACUACCAGAGAUUAAAAUGGCUUCCAGAGGAAAGACAGAGACAAGCAAAUUAAAGCAGAAUUUAGAAGAACAGUUGGAUAGACUAAUGCAGCAAUUACAAGAUCUGGAGGAAUGCAGAGAGGAACUUGAUGCAGAUGAAUAUGAAGAAACCAAAAAGGAAACGCUGGAGCAACUAAGUGAAUUUAAUGAUUCACUGAAGAAAAUUAUGUCUGGAAAUAUGACUUUGGUAGAUGAACUAAGUGGAAUGCAACUGGCUAUCCAAGCAGCUAUCAGCCAGGCCUUUAAAACCCCAGAGGUCAUCAGAUUGUUUGCAAAGAAACAACCAGGUCAGCUUCGGACAAGGUUAGCAGAGAUGGAUAGAGAUCUCAUGGUUGGAAAGCUGGAAAGAGACUUGUACACUCAACAGAAAGUGGAGAUACUAACAGCUCUCAGGAAACUUGGAGAGAAGCUGACUGCAGAUGAUGAGGCCUUCUUAUCAGCAAAUGCAGGUGCUAUUCUCAGCCAGUUCGAGAAAGUGUCUACAGACCUUGGCUCUGGAGACAAAGUUCUUGCUUUGGCAAGUUUUGAGGGAAAAAACAAAAAAAUGACGUGGUGUGGAAGCUUGGGACAGUGAUCACAUUCUUGUUGUAAAUGGCAUUUUUCUUCUGGGGAUUUUGAGUCAUUGCAAAGAAAUCAAGAGAUUCUUCAAGUGCAUUCAUAACCUAAGAAAAGGUGACAGAAACAUACCUGUGGCUUCUGUUUAUGCCCUUCACCAUUGUGCUUUCUGUAGGGCAAUCUGCUUGAGUGAUCCUGGACUUGGUGGGAUGGAGGGGUCACUAGACCUAUUCAUUAUGAUUUGUCUGUUUAAAGAGAAUAUAGAAAAUAGUUUGUUUUUUUAAGGCUCUUUGUUUUUAGGUGCUGAUAGUAAAUGAAAAGAUAUGAACUCGAGAUUCUUUUCUGCUCAGAAUUUAUCCCCACUUGUGUUGGAAUGAAUAGUGUAGCAACAACAUUAAUAGACCUCAUAAGUGUUCAUAGAAUUUUAGAGUCCUAAGUGAUCUUAGAAGUCAUUUUCAUUUAAUAAACAAGGAAACCGAGGCUCAGAAAGCAAGUGACUUGCUUAAAGUCACAUCAGAGAGUUGGGGAUAAAACUCGGGGGUCCAAACUCCCCAUUUUGUGUCCAUUGAAUUUUAUUUUUUUCAACCUAUGCUGUUCUUUGAAAGUAAUUAACAUGUAUUUGUACAAGUCCAUGUUUAUAAAAAUUCGAUGUCCUAACAAAAAGUUGUCACUAAGGGACCAUUCCCCAGCCUGUAAGCUCUCCUGAUGAAUAGGGUCUAUUGUUUCUCUGAGUUUUGAGCUUGGAACAAUGGCAGCCCUGUUGAGAGUCUCCUGGAGUAACUUAACCUCCUGUGCUGUUUCACCAGGAGAGUAAUUGGAAGUGGCAGCCAGAGGCCCUCCCUGUGUGUGACCUCUUUGCUGAAACCCGUUGGGUGGUGACUGCAAAUUACUGUUUACUAGUCAGUUUUUGGAGAAACACAAAGUAAGUUCUGAGGAAAAGCAGGUUUCUCUCCUGAGUGUUUACAUCUCUGUAUAUAGAUUUCCCCACUUGCAUGUAUGUUGUUUCCUAGGCUCUGGCUAUUUUAUAGUCUUUCAUAUGUUUCUCAAUACUCUUUUUCUUUGCACUUUAUACAAAUUAAAAAAUCUUUAAAGCUCAUAUAAACUGUAAACUCAACUAGGUGCUCUGUCAACUAGACAAAAUAGGGGAACUCAGAUACAUGAAUGCCUUAUUUGGAGCUUUUAAUGGGUAAUUUUUCAUAUAUUGGUUUAUGAUGGCCAAAAGCUCAUUGAAAUUGUGACAAACCAAGAAAAAGCAAAUUACCUGCUCUUCAUCUAGGGCUUUAUGGCCAAUCAUCAUUACUUCAUUAUUCUGUAUUUUUGUUUUAACCGAGGUGAAAUUCACAUAACAUAAAAUUCAUUCACCAUUUUAAAGUGCACAGUUCAGUGGCAGUUAGUCCAUUCACAGUAUUAUACAAUCACCACCACCAUUCAGUUCCAAAACAUUUUCAUUAGACACUCCCCGUCCCCUCCUAGCCCUGCAGCCACCACUAAUUUACUUUUUAUCUCUCUGGAUUUACCUAAGCUGGAUAUUUCGUAUACAUACAUUCGUACAGCAUGUGACCUUUUGUGUCUGGCUUCUUUCAGUUAGUGUAAUAUUUUCAAGAGUAAUCCACAUCAGUAUGUCAUUCCUUUUAACAGGGAAAGCAUUCCCUUGCAUGGGUGCCAUAUUAUGUUUUUCCAUUUAUCUCUUGAUGAACAUUUCCCCCCAACUUAUUGGCUAUUAUGCUAUUAACAUUUGUGUGUAAGUGCUUGUGUCAGUACCUGUUUUCAGUUCUUUUGGAUAUAGUACCUAGGAAUGGCAUUGCUGUGUUAUUGUUUUAAGCCUUAGCAAGCUUUCCCCUUCCCCUCCAGUAGUAGGAUGAGGAAAAUUAGCAAUAUUUUGUAUUUAAAAGGGGCUUAGAUGAAUCCGGGGUCCUUAAUUUUGGUUUCCCUUAAACUUUCUAUAUGACCAACAUCAGUGAAAUAUUUUGUCAUUAACCACAGUAAUAUAUUCAUUUUGUAAGUAAUAACUAGUACUCAAUUUAAAAUUAAUCUUCCUUUAAAAGAGGUCAAGUUUGUAGUGCCUAGCAAGACACUGCCAAUCAUGGCCAUGUGAUCUUUGAUAGGUUACUUCAGCUUUUUGAGCCUCUUUUUCCUCUUCUGUUCAGUGGGGAUAAUAGGACCUACCACACAGGAUUACUGUGCGUUCCCCUCUCUUCCUUAGUACAGAAAGAAAUUUUGCAUUGGGGUUAAUCCACCACUUAACAGUUCUUUCAAGGGCAUAUGAUAUAUUUUGUUUCACAAAUUUGAUAUUUAAUUCAGAAUAAUAAUUUGAAAAAUAAAUAAUUUGAGAAUUCUGUACAGCUGUAGUUAUUAAAUGACUUGCAAACUAUGUUUCCUGUUCAUAUUUUGCUAUAUUUAAUCUUCUAGUGUUUUAGACCUCUUGGGAGGUCUCAAACUGCAAUAACUAAAGCUGAGGCAGCUAACUUUUUUACAUCCUUGGGUCAAGCUAAUAUUUUCAUGAACAGAAUUCUUGUUUUUUUCAAAGAACUGGAGGAAGCAAAGUAAAUUCCAAUGAGCAAGUGUCCAACUGGGCUGUUUAAUGAAAUCUAGUAAUUUAAAACAAUUCCUAUGUUUCAGUGUUUUGUGUUAUCCUGUGAGUGGUAAGAUAAGUAUUCUAGGUGGGUGGUAGAGGCAGAAACGAAGAAAUAGAAUGAGUUGUUCUCAGGAAGGAGUUGGAGUUGGGACAGAUGGAUUGUUAACUUUGAUUGUUAAGUCUUUUAUUGAAGACACUCAGCCAAAGAAUAGUCAUCUUAGGCAAAAGAAAAGACUGCAAAUACACCAUUGCUGUGGUAUCUUAUUACAGUGAAUGAUGGAGUGUUUGAAAUUAUUACAGAAAAAAAUAAACCCAGACCAUUUUGCCUAGAGCUUUUCAACCACU